AUGUGUUUUUUUUUUCAUUCUCUUGCAAGUUCCAAACGUGGUGAGAGUCGCGCAUCCAUUUGCUUUCCUGAAGAAAAUCCGGAAAAAGUUAACUACCCGCACACAAAUAUGACCGACGAAUACUUUUACGGAGCAACCCUGAAGGAGGGCAGCAAAACAGUGACAUGGGAUCCGGACAACAAGCCGGAAGGUUACCCGAGGACGAACAAGCUGGUGAUCAAACAGUGUCUCCUCGGCCAUGAGGCAGCCGCGGACGAGUUCAAUGUGGUACAGGUGGAAACCAUGACUAUACGGGACACGCUGCGCAUUCCGAUCGCUGUGUUAAAGGUGGGUGAGCUGCGACAGGCCCGCAUGGACCUGGAGUUCUCGGACGCCCCGGUUACAUUCACGUUGGUUGAGGGCAAGGGCCCGGUGCACAUUCACGGAUUGCAUCUGCUCGGUUCGCUGGUCGAGGAGUUCGAGGAUAUGGAAGAGAUGGAGGAGGAAGUGUUGGACGAGGAGGAAGCCGACGAGGAUGAGGAUGAGGACGGUGCGUCACAGAAGAAGAAGCCAAAAUUGACCAACAAUUCCAAGGGCAAACCAGGUGCUGUCGCCGGUGGGCCCGCGGGCAACGACAAAAACCGGAAGAGGAAAUAAGCAGCGCGGGCACGUUCU